AUGAGUGAUCAUUCCUCCCUCUACUCCGAGGCUGAGGCCGACGCCGGGAACACAAACGCUCAACGUGGAUCCAAUGGUAACCCAGAUGAAAUCAAGGACAUACAAGCGGAGGUUCUCAGCUCGGCACGUGCGCAAGAGCGUGAAAUAAAGAACCAGUCCAGAGAUAUCUUCAAUCGACUGAGAUCUAUUGCAGUCGAUGCCUCCUUCGUUCAGCUCGUCCACGAGCAUUAUCCAGAGCUUGCUGUCGUGCCAAAUGCGCGAUGUGGCUCAUGGUAUUGCCCUCCGAAAGCAGGCGUGCUUCCGGCAUACUUUAAGUCGACGGAUGGCCAUACGAACAACUACAAGUUUUCGCUGCGCAGGCCAAACCUGCAUCUUAUCCCGAUCAUCAAAGAACAGGGGGGGAUAAUACUUGUCGAUUCCACCAGGAGAGGAAAGCUCUUUCCUGACGCUUUGUCAAGGACCGUUCCUAUCUGGUGUGCAGUCAUCAACACCGCCCUUGGCCUUAAGUUUCCCCGAGGACAAGACACCUGGUUGUUCACCUCACCUCGCUCAGUAUCACCCUCGGAGCAUGCAGUCAUCUCGAGUCUCAUUGGCGUAUUUACAAAUUCGCUCCUUGAUUCUGCUUUGGUAUUACCAGGUCUCGCUAAACCGAUCCGGCCAUUCUGGAUUCACCCACAGAGCACCUCCUUCCCUUCGUUUCCGACCGAGUGCGAUUUCUACCCCAUCAUAUGCUUAUCAGCAAGCAGAAAAGUCGGGGAAAGGGCUCAGUGGAUUGACCAGGACCAGUGGGGUUCUGGAUGGGGAUAUGUCCAAGGUGCCGGUGACGAUGAGGAGGGCUGGGCUAAAGGUCUGACUCCGGAACUGUACUGGCGGCACAAGGCUCAGCUAGACAAGUGUGCGAGAGCCGAUUUGUCAAAGCUCAUG